CCAACGGUCUCUCUACAGAAGAGGCAACAGAAGAGGCGCAGAUGCGCUUCUCAGGCCAUCCGUCCAUCCAGUCGCUUCUACGCGCACAAGAACAAGAGCUACAGCGGUUUCUAGCCUUUCAACAGAGGACGAAAGAUGUCACGGCGACGCGACGCGCAGAACGCGAGGCCACCUUAAACGACCAGCACAUCACUCAAGAGACGGAGUUGCAAGAAACACAGGCCAGAGCAACAGCCGAGCUAGAAGAUCAACAGAUUGCCGACGAGAUGGAGCUGAGGGCAGCCCUGGAUCAAAGCCAGCGAACCAUUAACAUGCGGAUCAAGCACAUGGAGGCCUAUUGCGAUGGUAUGGGGCAAACCCCGACCGAGGCCAACUUGCCACCCCGCGUGGUGACAGAACAGAAUCUUCGAGAUUUGGGGCGCCAAUACAAUCUCCGCGAAGACAUGGAGCGCCAACACACCUCCAAGAUCAACAUGAUGCGGGACCGGCAGUCCAAGAGGAUGGAAGACCUCAUCGAGCGCCAGGAAGAUGAGCUUGAGAAGCUCGCAGGAAAUCAGAUAAAAGAGCAGCACGCACUACGCAACGACCUUAUCUUGGAAGAUGAGGCCGUUGGGAGCGUUUUUCAGUCUCGUCAGGCAAGGCUAACGGCGCGAUGGGCUCUUGCCAUCAAAGUGUUGUGUAAAGAACUUCAAAUCACUGACGGUGUAAAAUACGCUGCGGUAUCGCCACCGAGUUGGCCCAGUGAGGACAUGGCGGACACGAAGGAUGUUUCAACGGAACAGUAG